AUGCCAUCCACAAAAGUCCAGGACAAGAACGGCGAAGAAAUCAAGGAGGGAGACUAUGUCUUCACGAGAAUUCGCGGCGGUUCGCAUCAUGGAAAGGUCGAGAAGAUAGUCACCGACCAGGCUGGAGCCGAGCAGGAAGAUGUCAAGAAUCCUCCCAAGGUUAUCUACAGCGACCAGCAUGGCCAUCGAGUCGCGCAUAAUCCGGGCACGUUGGAAAAGACGCAGCCGGAGGAAUGA